GGGGCGUUGAGGGAGAAGGAGUGAACAGCCCUCGGCCCUCCUCAGCUUUACAAAGUGUACUGAGUGACAGAUAAUUACAGAACCUACUGGGUACAGCCCAGUAACCGUUAUAAAUCCUAGGUUUAUACGGUUCGAGUGGAUCCGGCAGCUGGAAAAGGGGCUCUUGGGACUCAGAGUAGGCCCUGUAAUCGGCGCUUGGACUACGUUUCCCAGAAGCCUUCACGCCGCGGACGAGUCUUCUGCUGGGGAAGGGGGAUCCCGCCGGAGAGGCGGCCGUGCUGGGCGGGAUGCGAGGGCAGACUCAGCAGGCAUGACUGGAGAGGGAAGUCUCAAUGGUGCUAGAAUGGUGCUACAGUGGCAGAAGACGGCUCACGAGUGAGGUCUGGAAGAACAACAGGGAAGACAUCCAUCAUUUGCUCCAAAGUGUGCAAGUCAAAUCCUGGGGAGAAUCAUGAUAACCCUGAUCACUGAGCAGCUACAGAAGCAGACUCUGGAUGAGCUGAAAUGCACACGCUUCAGCAUCAGUCUGCCUUUGCCUGACCAUGCAGACAUCUCCAACUGUGGGAACCCUUUCCAGCUUGUGUCUGAAGGUGCUUCCUGGAGGGGCCUACCCCACUGUUCCUGUGCCGAGUUCCAGGACAGCCUCAACCUCAGCUACCAGCCCUCAGGCUUGAGUCUGCACCUCAGACCACCCAGUCGGGGAAGCUCUCCACAGGAGCAGCCCCUUUCCCAAGUCCUAAGCCCUGAGCCCCCGGACCCAGAGAAGCUUCCUGUGCCCCCUGCCCCUCCAUCCAAGAGGCACUGUCGCUCACUCUCAGUGCCCGUGGACCUGUCUCGCUGGCAGCCGGUGUGGCGGCCCGCCCCCUCCAAGCUGUGGACUCCCAUCAAGCACCGGGGCAGUGCUGGAGGGGGUGGGCCGCAGGUGCCUCACCAGAGCCCCCCGAAGCGGGUCUCCAGCCUCAGGUUCCUCCAAGCUCCCAGUGCCUCUUCUCAAUGUGCCCCAGCCCACAGACCCUACAGCCCCCCUUUUUUCAGCCUGGCCCUAACCCAAGAUUCUACUCAACCCUGCGCUGCCUCCCCCCAAAGUGGCUCCUGGGAGAGUGAUGCUGAGUCCCUAUCACCUUGCCCACCCCAGCGCCGCUUCUCCUUGUCACCCAGCCUGGGUCCACAGGCAAGCCGCUUCUUGCCCUCUGCCCGGAGUUCCCCUGCAUCUUCCCCGGAGCUGCCAUGGCGACCUCGAGGCCUGCGCAACCUUCCCCGAAGCCGCUCACAGCCUUGUGAUCUGGAUGCCCGCAAAGCUGGAGUCAAGCGGCGCCACGAGGAAGACCCCCGGCGGCUGCGGCCUUCCUUGGACUUUGACAAGAUGAAUCAGAAACCAUACUCAGGAGGUGUCUGUCUCCAAGAAACAGCCCGGGAAGGCAGCAGCAUCUCUCCACCGUGGUUCAUGGCCUGUAGCCCCCCACCCCUCUCCGCUUCCUGCAGCCCCAUUGGGAGUUCCUCGCAGGUGCUGAGUGAAAGCGAAGAGGAGGAAGAGGGGGCCGUGCGGUGGGGGCGACAGGCACUGAGCAAGCGGACACUGUGCCAGCAGGACUUUGGGGACCUGGACUUGAAUCUGAUAGAGGAGAACUAAAACUGAGAGGCUACUUCCUGGGGCCACACAGACUGACUCUCUUAUGGCUACUAACAAGUGUCGAGGCCCCAAGGCCAGGGGCCCAGCCUGGGAAUGGGGGUGAGUGGAGGGCUCCGACUCAGGGCAGCCGGAAAUCUCGCUCCAGGAAGCUCGACCAUGCCGAGAGACUGGCCGGGACAAGAUAAACGGAGCUGGUGGCGGGAGGGACAGCCCCAGAGCAGACCCUUCCCAUGGCGGCCCUGAGUGUGAGUAUCCCUGCCACUGGAAAAGCAAUGGGCAGGGAAGGAAGGGGUCUGCUGACCCCAGCUCGGGGAAUUUCACUAGCCCCUUUGCUUCAAAGGGCACUUGUGUCUUAGAAUUUGGCCAGGGUGGGGGGUUCAUUCAGCCUCCUCAGAGAAAUUGUGUGAGAGUGUGUGUGUGCAUGGGAGUGUACUUGAGAAAAGGUGUGUUUGCGUAGCCUUAGGGAAGGAAGGCAGUUGCUCCUUAACAGCAGAGCAUCAUGAUACCCCCAGGAUCUUGUUUUCAUAGACAGCAGGCUUGUUCAAGGAGUCAAGAGGAGGGCACCAUGUUUUUCUUUUUUCUAACUAGUUUUGGAACCAGGCUUGUAAUCCAUAAGCACAGGCUCUGCAAAGGAUUCUUUUUUGGGGUACAGCAAGGUAUUUUAAGUGCUGUGACCUCAGUUUAUGGUCUUUUCCUCAGGCCCACCCCCUUCCUAUUGCAUAGAUCCUAGUGUUGGAGGCUGGAGGGAAAUCUACAUAUUGAUUCUGAGCUGUCCUUUUUUUCUGAUCAGAUUGCCAAGGCUAUAUACAGUCUGCCUCUCUUGCUCUAAGUACAUGCAAAUGUGGGUAUCUGAGGCAAAAUUGAAGGGCUCCAUCAUUUUUUCCCCUCUCUACUAACUGGACCUUUUCUCCCCUCACUGUUCUGCUAUUCAAGAAUCAAAAACAAGGUUGGAUGGCCCUUUUUAGGUCUUUAGCAUCUAUUAAGGCCAACCUGCAGCAAGAGAAGUGGCAUUCAGUCCCCAACAGGCAUGGGUAAGCUCCCCCCAGCACUGCCCUUUGGAAACAGGCUAUAGAGAAAUCUAUUGUUACAAGAUCCAGAUUUUCUGAUCUGCUUGAGAAAGAGGAAGGGGAUGUCAGCAUUCACUAGUUUGCUUGUCUUCCAUUCCUGCCAGGAAAUGUUUAUUUGCCUCUAAUUGGCCCUGAGAGACCUCAGGGAGGUUGGUGCUCACUAAGGGAUUGGCUGAGGACAUUUAAAGCAAAGACUGUGAGAAGCAGCUGGGAGUUUGUUGUUGUUGGAUUGAAUUUCCUUUUUUGUUUCUCACCCACAACUUGAGCCAGGGCAGCAGGUCCCACAGCUGCAGUGAUGGGGUAAAAACUUGCAAGAGUCUAGGUAGGGCUGAUACCAGUGGAGAUGCAUACUAAACCUGCUGCCAUAAUCACUUGCAAGGCAUUGUCCAGCUUUGGUUAGACCCUGCAUAACCAAAUUGGACCUGCCCUUACUCUUCAUCCGAAGAAGGGCAUUUUUUCACUUCAAUUUCCCAGGGUGUCAUAGGACCCAGUUCUUCAUGUUGGGAAGAUAACCAAAAAGUCUGUUGUUUUCUUCCUUGUGGAAUUGAACCUGUCGUUUUUCCAGGUCCUCCUGCAUGUCAGAUAGGAGCAUCAUGGAGGCCCUGGCCUCCUCCACUCCAGAGGAGGUGGCCCUUUCUUCUCAAUCCUCUGGCACUCAAAGGUUCUACGCUUCCAGGGCUCCUCCCAUCUCCUGCUAGUUACCAUGUAUUACCGGGGAGCUACCAGGUCUGUAGGGGCCUGAGAGAGGCUCUUGAGAACCCAGGGAAACUGAGCCCAGGAGUUACCCAUCCUUGGUUUCAUCCUUCCCCUGGCUCUUCUCCUUCUUUAGGCCAUAAUUUCCCUGGUGCCAGCUUCUUUCCUCCUGGGGCAUCCUCAUCCCUGGGCUCUCUGCUGCAGAUUGGCUGUGCCAGCUUCUAAUAGGCCACUGGCAAUGCCAGUAGGGUCUCUACAGGCCCUAAGCUAAAGAAGUGAGGGCAGUAAUUCUGCCUCCACCUUGACUUCCCCAAAGCCCUAGGGUACCAUCCUUGGGGGAGAAGGUCUAUAGAUAUCAUAUUUGAAUUCCAUUACUUUGAGACAGAAAAUUUAAACUAGCUGAAACUAUCAUCUUGCUUCCUGAUCUAAGCACCUGUGGCCCUGGGACAAGCCUUUUCAAGAAGUGGUUCAUUGUGCUUUACACAGUAGAUCUAUUCCAACAGUUCUGUGUAAACCAGAUGCAGUUUUUCAGUGCAUUUGGACUGCUGACCAUUUAAAAGCAGCCUGUGAUUGCUUAUUUUGUAAAGCAAACAACAUCCCUCUACUUUAGCUGUUUUGACUAUUUGGAUUUUCACAUAUUGGGCUUACCCAGAGUGGAGCACACCUCUACAGGGCUGUGAUUGACACUGGGUAGACAUCUGCAUCCGUGUUGUGUGUGUGGUGUGGCUGACCAGUAGGUGAGUAUUCCUGCGUGUGUGAGUGAAGCCACUCCCAGGCUGGUGCUCUCCUCCUGUGCCCGGUGACUGCCCAGUGGCAGCUCCAGCUGCCCUUCACUCCCACCUGCUGCCAAAGUCCCUGUGCUAAUGGGAUUACAAAUACAAAAAGUGGAAAAAAUUUUUCGUAAACUUUGUUUUAUAUUAAAAAAAAUCCAUAAGUCUGUGUGUGUUAAACAUGAGGUCCUGCCUCUGUGGCUGUGUUUGAAAAAAUAAAGUUUUAUUAGAAUAAUCCAUUUUCCCAAGCAAUCUUCUGUUCUAUAGUGUUUUCCCUUCACAAAGAAAAACGAGGGAAGCAGGGAGAAGACAGCCUAACUCUUUCAGCCCCUUUCUCUAGGACAAAACUGGGCCUUGGCCUUUUGAGGGCUGUUUCUCAUCCCUAGGCACUUUGUGUACUGGUAUUCCAUUGGCCAGCCUUGUGUUAAGAACUUGGUUAUUUAUGGUGGUCGAUUUUGGUCUCUUUCCUGUACUUUUUACCCAUCUUCUUUUCCCCUGCUGUCACUCUCACUUCCAGCAGGCUAA